CUUGGAAAGGCAGUAUGGAAUGGCUGCGUUCUGCAGACCCCACAGCUGGAAUGUGUAAGAAAAGAAUCGCUUUAAUCAAACCCAGCCCCACCCCAGGUAGAAAAGCCAAACCCUGUGGAGACGGGGGCACCGCUUCUCUGCAUCAAAACAGGGCCCAGACCAACAGUGGGGAAGCAGCAGGGCCAGGGAGGUCCUGUGCACCAGACGGAGAUAAAAGUCUGUGAAGUCCUCCAGAAGCUGGUGUGCCGGAGCCAGGCAACAGGGCUGUUGCUGCACUCCUGCAUGGCACUGCCAGGGGUGGCUGUGGCUGGGACGGUGGUGUGGCCAGCACAGAUCAGUCCCAUCCUCCGCAGCACUGGGGCAGGCAGUGUGCACAGGGGCACGGAGGAAGGGCUCAUUGCCACAUACUGUAUCCCUUCUGUCCUGGCAGGUGCCCCUAAGUCUGUACCCUUAGGUGGUUUUCCGCUUCUUGGCCGAGGGUCUCUCAAAGACUCGGUUCUGGCAGCCCGCAGGCCGGGUAUCAGCUGCUCCCGGGGAUCCGUACCGGCAACCCUCCAAGCUGGACACCAGCGGCUCCCCAUGCUUGGUGCUGGCAGCUCCCAGGGCAGAGGGUCUCCGAUGUGUGAUGCCAGGGGACCGGGUGCCCCACCGGCAGAGACACCAGGCUGGGAAGGAGCGUGAUGGCACCCCGCAGACCUUGUGUGCCCCCCAUGCCCAAGCUGGCUGCCAUGGCCAUAUCCUGCCCAGUGAGGGGCCAGGGUCCCAGGCAGCUGUCCCCAUUGGCGGGGGUCCCUCCCUGCAGAGCUCCCCGGCGGUGCCUGCUGGAGGUGACAGUCAGCAGAUGGUGGGGCGGGCCGAGCCGACAAUCCUCCUAAUCCCAUCAGGGCAGCGGGGACAAGCGGAGCCGAGCCAGGCCAUGGCAGGCACACGGGCACACGGCCGCCUCCUGCACUCACUGCUCUGCCAGCUGUGCUGCGUCGGUGGCUGCGGCUGCUGCCGCGGGCUCCGCGUGUCCACAGGCACCCGCAUCCUCUACACGCUCCUGCAUGUCCUGGCCUCUGCCGUGUGCUGCCUCAUGCUGUCCCACACCGUGGCCCAGGCUGUCCGGGAGAAGCUGCCCUUUGCGGCGGCGCUGUGCAAACACCUGCCAGGGGGCACGGACUGUGAGCGGCUGGUGGGCUCCUCGGCCGUGUACCGCGUCUGCUUUGGCACCUCCUGCUUCCACCUGGUGCAGGCCGCCCUGCUUCUCAAUGUGCGGUCCAGCACCGACUGCCGUGCUCAGCUCCACAACAGGUUCUGGCUCCUGAAGCUGCUGGUGCUGGUGGGCCUCUGUGCCGCCAGUUUCUUCAUCCCUGAGGAUGGCUUCAUCCAAGCCUGGCACUACACAGGCGUCUGCGGGGGUUUUGCCUUCAUCCUCAUCCAGCUGGUGCUGAUCACCGCCUUUGCACACACCUGGAACAAGAACUGGCUGACGGGCGCCUCGCAGGACAAGCGUUGGUACCUGGCUGUGCUGCUGGCCACGGCUGCCUUCUACACCCUUGCCUCUGCCGCCUUCUCCUUCCUCUACAAGUACUAUACCCACCCGGCCGCCUGCCACCUCAACAAGGCACUGCUCGCUGUCAACGGCAGCCUCUGCGGCAUCAUGUCCUUCAUCUCCAUCACGCCCUGCGUGCGGCUCAAGCAGCCGCGGUCGGGGCUGCUGCAGUCCUCCAUCAUCAGCUGCUAUGUGAUGUACCUCACCUUCUCCGCGUUGUCCAGCCGUCCCCCAGAGCGAGUGUUCUACAAGGGGCAGAACCUCACAGUCUGCUUCCCGGGCAUCCGGCAGGAUGAGAUGCAGACGGAGGACACCACCGUCGCCAUCCUGGGGGCUGCCAUCAUGUAUGCCUGCGUGCUCUUCGCAUGCAAUGAAGCCUCCUACCUCGCUGAAAUCUUUGGGCCCCUCUGGAUGGUCAAAGUCUACAGCUUUGAGUUUAAAAAACCCUCCUGUUGCUUCUGCUGCCCAGAGAAGAUGAAGGGAGAGCUGAGAGGUGGGUGCUGGGCAGAGCCCACAGUAGCGCUUACCCUCGGGCAUUAUGAACCAGCCCGGGGGUGCCAGCAAGGAAGGAGUUGGGAGCUGCCAUGCUCCUGUGCUCCCCCAGGCACCGAGCAGACAGGUGAGCAAGCGGAGGAGACCGACGGGGGACAGUGCAUGGUCCAGGAUGAGCGAGAGCGGGUGGUCUACAGCUACUCAGCCUUCCACUUUGUCUUCUUCCUUGCCUCACUCUACGUCAUGAUGACCCUCACCAACUGGUUCAGCUACGAGAAUGCGGUGCUGGAGACCACCUUCACACAUGGCAGCUGGUCAACCUUCUGGGUGAAGGUGUCUUCAUGCUGGGCCUGCGUCCUGCUCUACCUGUGGCUGCUGCUGAGCCCGCUCUGCUUCCACGGCUCCCACCAGCACCAGCGCAACAGCCCAGUGCUGCGCAUUGUGCGGCGACGACGUGCCCCACAGCGCAUCAGCAUCUCCAUGUAGUCCCUGCUGGGAUGGAUUGUGCCUGAUCCUGCGUGGCAGCAGCUGGGAAUGGUCCUGCUGUGCUCAAGCCCCGCUGGCCUCCCCUGACCCACAGUCCCAGAAGAUGGUGGCAUCAGAGGGGACUCAGGAGGUGGGGGCUGCCAGGGACACUGCACCUAUGGUGAGCCGGAGCAAGUGGGUGGUGGGUACCCAGCCUGGGGCCAGCGAUGGGAGCUGGGCUCUGCCCCAGCAGCCUCCACGUCUCAGCUCACCUGCCAGUGUGGCACUUGCUGUAAAUA